GCCCGCCCCUUCCGGCGCCGUCUCCUAGCAACGGUCAACAACCCUGCAGCCAUGCUGGGCGCCGCCGGACCGAGCGCCCCGGCCCCGCCGCCGCCGCCGCUGUCGCCCCGCGCGCUCCGCGGCCUGUACGGCUGGCUGGACCGGCUCCCGCUCAGCCGGCCCAAGCGCCACCUGGCCCGCGACUUCAGCGACGGCGUGAUGCUGGCGGAGAUCGUGAAGCAUUACCACCCGCGGCUCGUGGACCUGCACAACUACGUGCCCACCUGCAACACGGACCAGAAGCUCAGCAACUGGAGCACCCUCAACAGGAAAGUCUUCCACAAGCUGCGUUUCUGUGUCUCAGAGGGCGAUAUCCGGAAGGUGGUGGCCAACACGCCGGGGGCCAUCGAGCCCAUCCUGUGCUCGCUGAGGGACAAGGUGGCGGCCGGCGCUGUCCACGAGGACCCGCCCGGCGCGGGCGCGCCUGCCGGUGCAUCUGACCCGGGAGUCUCCGGUGCGGACGCGGAUGGACUGUGGGCGGGCCUCGCCGCCACCCCCCACGCCGGCCUGCCGAGCUCCCCAGUGGCUUCCGGCGUGAGGACCCUUCCGAGGCAGAGGGCUUGGGAGAAGACGGGACACUGUGCGUGCAGAGGGCGGGACCCAGCCGGUGGGCCCUGGGAGCACCCGGAGACCGGGGUGCAGCAGCUGCUGGAGGAAAAGGAGCAGGCGCUGGCCAUUCUGCAGGAGACCGUCAAGGUUCUGCAGAUGAAGGUGGUCAGGCUGGAGCACCUGGUGCAGCUGAAGGACCAGCGGAUCGGUGAGCUGACCCGCCGGGGGACUGAGCCCCAGUGAGCACGAGGCCUCGGGGAAAGGCUCCCACAUCAGCCAGACCUGGAACUGGACCCCACAUGGACCUCGCCCAGACCAGCCCUGGCCGCGUCCUGUCCAGCGGGCUGAGGGACAUCGUGCACCAGGACCCGGGGUGGGCAGCAGGGUGCAGAACUCACGAUCCUGGAGGUCGGGCCUUGGGGCUGCACGCUGGCUCCUGGCUGUGUCCUCUGAGGUUCGCCCUGCCCCAGCUGAGUUUGGAAGUGAAGACUUGGGUCCGGUUACCUGGA